AAGGCAGAGAGGGCUGCCGGAGCCGGUAACACCGGGUGGAGGCUCAACAUCUGUCAGAUUGUCAGUGUUGAAGUUCUUGGAACUGCGGGAACUGACCGGGAACUGAGCGGGAACUGAGCGGUUUAAACAGUGAACCAACUUUUUACGAGCUCCGUUAGGUUUCCGGUCCUGAGCUGACGACUUUUCAAGAUGCAAAGACACAGAUCCCACCUGGGCUUGCUGCUCCUGGCCUCGCAGGUGCUUCAGUUGGGCCUGGACAACAUCCCUCCGGUCACUCUGGCUGUCCUGGGUCUGAACGUGUUCCUCUUCCUGUUCCCGGCUGCUCCCCUGUUGAAGGCGUGUGUGAGCGUCCACGAGGUUUGCCGGGUUCGAGACUGGCGCCGCCUCUUUCUGUCCCCGUUACACCACGUAGACGACUGGCACCUGUAUUUCAACAUGGUGUCCUUUCUGUGGAAAGGCGUCAAGCUGGAGCGGCGGCUGGGGGGAGCCUGGUUCGUUUACCUGCUCUCCGUCUUCUCUCUGCUCACCGGAUUGGUCUAUCUGCUGAUGGAGGCGCUGCUGACGGGGAUCACCGAUGACGAGUCCUACAGCAUGACGUGCGCUGUNNUGUUCCUAGGUGUUUUGUUCGCUCUGAAGGUGCUCAAUAACCAUUACCACCCCGGAGGUGUGACUUUUAUCUUGGGUCUUCCUGUGUCUAACCGCUAUGCUAGCUGGGUGGAGCUUGUUCUGAUCCACCUCACAGCUCCUGGGACCUCUUUCGUUGGUCACCUGGCAGGAAUCCUGGUGGGGCUGCUCUACACAUCCGGACCGCUGAAGACCGUCAUGAAGAUAUGCGCAGAGUACGCCACCUCCACCAGGAAUAACUGGUACCUUGGCUCUUCAGGUCAGUUUUCAUCUGCAGUGAGCACGGCUGGUUACCGUAGCGGUAGAAGAGGAUACUCGGGAAGUGGUCGGUAUGCAUCGAACUACAGAAGACGUGAUUCUUACACAGGCUGGCUGUCGGAGGAGGAGCAGCUGCAGGAAGCCAUUAGAAACAGUCUGAACGACAGAGGACAAACCUAUUGGGAAGGAGUUCCACCUCCUCAUGGUUACCCGUCUCCGUAUCCCAGCGCCGAGGAGCUCAGAUCGUGGAGGCUGAGGAGGUUUGAAAGCUGAACUCCGGUUCGUGCAGGAUGUUGGACUGAAGCAGGCUGAGGAGGAGCACCCUCUCAGCGCUCCUGUCCACGUUCUGAGUGUUACCAAGGAGCCGGAGCACAUUCUGAGUUUGUGUCGGGGAAAUUAUCCUCCGCUUCUGAGCUCAGAUUUAAACUGAACGUCAGGAGAUCUGUUUCAUAAGUUUGCGAUGUUCUAAACUUUUUUUUUUAAAGAUCACUGUGUGUGAAUGAAAUGUGCCUCGGAGUCUCUGUGAGAAGACGCCGACCGGCGAAACGCGAUGCAGGAGAUGACGAGACCGGCGGGCGAGGUUUCUAAUCUCAACAGAGCAGAUCGACGACAGGAAGUGUUGAAAUAAAUCUGACAGAAAUGAAUCGGGACGGUAAAUAUAAAGUCUUUCUCAUUAGCUUCAGUAAAUAGACACCAUCGCCUGCCUGAAGCAACUUUUGACCCUGAGCAGCUGAAGGUUUGUGACCCCAUCUAUCAUCUCAGAGCCAGGGAACCCCCCUGUCCUAAACGAGGGCAUGAUGACAACACAAACAGUAACCCAUUAGACCGUUUUUAUUCAGCUGGGACAUUUAUACCUUAACUAUGGUAAAAUUCACAAUAAGGAAUCAUGUUUUAGAUUCAUUUUGAUUCCUAAAGAUCAUCUUAAACCCCCGUUUU